UCCCCCCCUGCCGAUGGCGUCCGUGCCCUCGCCCGCCGCCGCUUCGGCGCUGCUCCGCUGCCGCCUGCUCCGUCCUCCUCGUCCACCCCGCAAGCGAAGUGGCGACUCGACCCCCUCGGCAUCCACCUCCUCGUCCGCCUCGGCGUCCACCACCUCGUCCCUCUGCUCGUACCUCUCCUCCUUCUCGAUGUCGCUCUCGCUGCGGCCUCACGGCGACCGCGCUCGGGCCCCCCGCCUCGCCUUGUCGCUUCGCCUGCCUCGGGCCUCCUGGGCAGGCGCGGCCCGAGAGGAUGGAGGGGUCGGGGUCGGCGCGGGCACGCGGCUGCUGCUCCUGCCGGGCCUCGCGCUGAGAAUCUCCGGCGGUGGUGACGGUGGUGGAGGUGGUGGAGGCUGCCGUGGACGCUGUGGAGGAGAUGUCGACUCGUUGCUGGACGAGAUAGCCGAGGUGAAGAGGCAUGUGGAGGAGGCGGAGCUGUGCGGGAGCGCGGCGGCAGCGCGCGCCGCCUGGGCCCGCGCCGACGACGUGAGCGGGAGGUUCCACGCCGCGCUGCGCCGCGCAGGCCCCAGCGAGCGCCACCGCAUGGAGCUGCGCGUGGGGCCCCACAUUCAGCAGCUGCGGCGGAGGAGCGCGCCCGGCACCGCCGCCGCGCAACCCCCACGCCACGACGGCAGUUAGUCCACGUGUCCGACCGCGCGGACGUCGGAGACUGCGGCGGCGGCGACUGCGGCAGUGGGAGCGGGGCUGCUGCUGCUCUGCUAGAUAUACAGUCGCUGCCAUUCAACGAUAUUGGCUUUAGGGUUGACGGGACUUGGUCGGGGUGCAGCACUGCAAAUGUUUGCUCGUGUCACUGCUGCCCAAAAGGCCUGCCACUAGAGGAAGCUCCAGAGAGUUUUGAGAGAGUAUUUUUUCGCUUCCUCUAUCACGCCAUCCGGACGUCUUGGAGGAGAGGUGGGAGUACGCACACUUUAACCCACCACAUGUGACCUGCCGAUCGAUUAACUGGUGUACCCAUAUUAUACUCCUGGCUUGAUAGGAGGCGGAGGGGAUUUAAGAAAUGUGGCGAUUCCUUCAGCUGCCACGCCGGGAGAUCUAACCCGUCACCUGUGGAUUCAGUAUUGCAGCAGAAGGAUGACCGUGGGUGACAGGGUCGGGGAUGGAAUUAUUAGAGCUAUUGAUUGGUUGCUGCAUCCUUUUUCAGUGUCUACAUGAUGCACUGUGGUGCUCACACAUCCUUCAUUUCCAGGGAAUGCAGUAUUCUCUGCACACCGUUCACACGGAUAAAGUUGACGGGGCGGGCGAAAUGUUUGUAUGCGAGUUCGCCUUGAUCAGCUUCGCACUACAGCCACGAAACCUCGUAGAUGUUAUGGUGCCAUUGCAGAGGGCACUUGCUAACUCUUAAACUUUGCGACAACAAUCUCCGUUCACCACUAAGUGGCGGUGACGUCACCACGGCGCUUGUGCUAUGCUAGGUGCACUUUGAGGCCACGUGAAGUAUCUAAAGCCGGCAGGCAGGUCACGGAACAGACCCAGGUACCGUGGGUUGACUAAAAUGGCUGGCAGAUGCACCAACUGUGCUCCCCGCUGUGCCAACUCUGCAUUUUAGACGCCCUGAGCUCCGCUUAUUGUUGCGAGUGUCGUUUCUCUAGCCUCCUUUGUUGCUGGAGGGUGACUGCUUCCAACUCCCAAGCAGCGGAAUUUACGAACCUCCACACAUCAUUACACACAUAAUUACACGGUGCUCUGCAAAGUCGACUGGCAACAGUCAUUUAAAUUUGAGUUGGAGAGCGACACUUGUAAGACUGCCUGCCCGUUGAUGACGUUUGUUCCAGAUGGAAGGUGUGCAGAGAAAAAUGUAACAUCUUUGAAGAGGAGACUGCUGGCUUAAGGCUCGGGUUUGUGCCAUGGCCUUUUCUUGUGUGGACUUGCGAGGCAAUCUACACUCUUAGUUGGCACAACAGCAUUAACACGUAAAUGAGUGCAUCCGUUUCCCUAAGAUCCCAGAAGCUAAAGCAGGAUUUGAGCCUGGAUAGCGCUCGGAUGGGCGACCCGCCAUGUGCAAAAGACUUCAGGGAGGAGGCAUUGUGGGUAGUGGAGGGCAGUGCAGAAAAAUCCAUUGUUCUGCACCAACUCCAACGUUUGCCAACCCGCACUGACAAGUGUGGUGAAGUACGGUCAAACAUCCUUCACAAUCGACGAGUUGUGGGGGAGGCAAUCAUAGAGCAGGUAGAUUGACAAAACGGGGCGGUACAUUAACUCGAGUGAUCGGUUACCUCGUUGACCUGUAAAUCGUUGAUAAUACUACUAAAAGAAAACUCACGCCACGUUACCAAAAUUGGGGUUAUGCACAGCAGCAAUCGUUGCCCCUGACCGGUAGACUACUGCCCGCUUGCAGACCAGGUGCCCAGUCACCUUGUGCUACAAAGGGACAGUGGCCACUGGGGCGGAGGGGGGGGUGCCCUUUUAAACGUGUUGAGAUCGAGAUGCAAGUCCACUUGGCGUAUGUAAAACGCUCUGUAUAUAUGUUGAACUGCGUUCACACCGUACGUGGCCAAUUGCGCUGAUCGGAGGUGCGGGGGGAGGACAAACUAAAGACAGCAGUUCGAAGAUUGCUGGAUCUGUCGUUGAGCACUUGAGCAGUAGUGUCGCUCUGUUAACGUGCCGAUUGCGCACUGAAUUGUAAGUGUCGUGUCACUGGCGACUCCACGAUGCAGGCGAAGAUUACCACGUUUAGUUCCGUAGCAAGUAAAUGUCACUCAGAUGUGUAAUGACCUUGACCGGCAUCCCGAAGGAAUAUAAAAAUGUUUCUUUAAAGAUCCAGUUCAUCAAAUGAGCGGCUCUCAUAGCUAUGCACCUUGACUGCCUUCCUCGGCUGGCCAACAUGAGAUUGAGGCUUCAUUGCUUAAAGGAUUUAAAACCACAGUGCGCUCCCCUUAUCAAAGUGCCCCAGAGACUGCACUGGCACCAAAACAAUACAGCGGUGACAGCAAGGCGGUGCGGUAAUUGUGCAAUGUAACUACAUUAAUAGGAUAUCCCGAUUAUGCUUGAAACCCGAAUUGGACAGCCUGAGCCUACACAAUGUUUGCACUUUUCUGCAAACUCAUUACACGUUGUGGAGAAUUAUUGGUAUAAAGCAUAUAUAAGCAGAACUGCAUUUGUUGCCUCUUUAUUUAAAUAAAAUAGUUUGUCGAAACUGGUCCAGUUGGUUUGCUUGAACAAAUACCGCUGGAUAUUUGUUGAGAAAGCCAAUAGGCUGCUGGACUAAAACCAAUUGUCAUUUUUUAUGGUUUUACAUUUCUAUAAAAGUACUUUCUCCUGUUGCGUUUGUACUCGGCAGCAUUUAAUGACGCAUUGUCCGAUGCAAUUUUCUUUUCACAACAGGUGUUCUCGAUAGUUGUAAUGGAUUAAGUGCAUUUUCAUUGCUCCUGCUGUGUUGUGCAUUGUAGAACACUUAAUCUCAUUUACUUUGACUAUGGUGUUUCGUCCAUACUAAUCGAUUAAAAUUACCUUUCGUAUGGACGCACUGAACCGAUUAUUAAGAUUUACGUAAGUUAUAAAUACAUUUCAGGAUGUUAAAUUACAUCUGAAGGAUGGUGAUAUGGCGGUGGGGUCAGGCCUUCAUCCAGCAGUGGAUUGAGCAUUGUUAUUCCAAGCGUACACGUUCCCAUACCCUUCUGCAGCGAGCUGAAAUUAUGCUGUUCAAGAACAUGGCUCGCAUGUAGAAACGAGGUAAAUCAUGACUUGAAGCUUUCGUGACUGCAGGAUUCAUAUUCUUUGGGCCUUUCGGUAAAGUCAUGUCAAUAGGUAGUUUUUUUGUUAUACUGGUAGGAACCAUCUGGUUCCACCAGCCCACAGGGGAUUAUUGUGUCCGUCCGUCGUGCAUCAAUAAA